AUGCAUAUUCACAUAGGUGGUGAUUCCGAUCCGACGGGUGAUGAUGAAGAGAAACUACCCUCCUGUAUGGAUUACGUGAUGCAUUUCCUCACGGUCUUCUGGAAAGUGCUGUUCGCAUUCGUCCCACCCACAGAUUACUGGGGUGGAUGGCUUUGUUUCGCUGUGUGCAUCAUUGUGAUCGGGGUGCUGACAGCAAUCAUUGGAGACAUGGCUUCAUCGUUCGGCUGUUCUGUCGGGCUUACGGACGCGGUGACUGCGAUCACAUUUGUCGCACUGGGCACGAGCCUUCCCGAUACAUUUGCCAGUAAGGUGGCUGCAAUCGGGGACCAGUACGCGGAUUCGUCAAUAGGAAAUGUGACCGGUAGUAAUGCAGUCAAUGUGUUUCUGGGGAUCGGUGUGGCUUGGAGCAUUGCGGCCAUUUAUCACACAAUUCACGGCACGCAAUUUCUCGUCAAAGCCGGGUCGUUGGGAUUCUCUGUGACAGUGUUCUGCAUUUUCGCACUGUUGGCUAUCGCAGUCAUCAUCCUGCGUCGGCGCCCGUCUGUGGGAGGUGAACUGGGCGGUCCGAAAACAAUCAAAUAUCUAUCAGGUGUAUUCUUCAUUGGAUUGUGGAUCAUCUAUAUUGUACUAGCUGGACUGGAAAACUACUGCCACAUUGAAGGCUUCUAA